UGCUCGCCCGCCAGCCACCCGCGCCGCACGCCACCGUGCUCGAGACACACGCAAGUCACCGCGCGCGACCACUACGAAACGAAACGACCUGCAACUAUUAACACCCCUACAACAAUAACAACUUAUUUAAUCAUACAAAAAUAAUAACUAACGCUUCGCUAUAACACGUGUGAGACGCUUCCUAACAGUUAAGUUUAUUUAAAGGUGAUACAAAAACGAACGAUAACAAACGAACUGUGCACUGGAAGAAAGUAAAGGUUCCGAGAGUUUUAAAUGUUAACGGGCUCGUGACGCCGCCGAGGGACCCGCAGAAUGUCUGAGGCCGACGUGUCGCUGAUCGGCGACGAGGAUGUCCUGCGACGCAUGUGGCAGCAGACGGAGGACUUCGGGCGCAAGAAGGAGAUCCGCGCGCACAUGUACCGCCUGCGCGAGCAGCGCCUGCGCAGCCUGUACCAGCCCGAGCCGCCGCGCGGGAAGGGCCCGGCCGUCCACCACGGCAGUUCAUUCGCGGACCAGAGCUUCGCGUCACUGAAGAGCAAGGAGGUGCGCGACGCCGCCUCCCCGCCCCACGACUACCUGCGACAAGACCUGAAAGAGCUCUCUAACGCUGGCUGGAACGUGGAGUCGGAGAACAAGACAAGUGACGACGGACACACGAAGAUCCGAUCGGUCCACGCGGACAUCGAGGGGAAGUACGAGGUGGAGGGGGGGCGGGGGAGGUUCGCGGCCGCCGAGCAGCAGACCGAGGCUGUCAGCGACUACACAGAGGGCGCCACCAGCGUGCAGCGCCGCCGCGCCGCCGCCGCCGCCGCCUCCAAUGAAGAGGUCGUCAGACAGACGGAUGACGGGACGCAUUUUUCAUCCCAUAAGUCUUCAUCAACUUCUUCCAAGUUCGAAGAAGUCUCGUCGACCACACGCGAAGUGCCAUACCCCGCUGAAGACUACAGUACGCGUCAAGAAGCUCGAAGCAUUGACAACGCUGAGUUUGAAUCCCGUCAAAGUGAGAUUAAACAAAACAGCUCUAAAGUUGAAAGAAACGUUAAGCAGUCAGAGAAGAUUGUGAGUUCAAGUGACAAGCAAGUCUUCUUGGAGGGCGAGCUGGUGUCGAAGAAGGUGGAGUACCCCGAGGAGAACCUGAAGGUGGUGACGGAGACGCGGCUGCUGCCCGACGGCUCCCGGGUCACUUCUACACGCCGCGAGUACCGCGCGCCCGCCCACCACCAGCAGACCAGCCAGACUAGGGCGGAGAACAAAUACUCUACUAGCGAGAGGAGGUCCGAUGUGAGGGAAUCGUCGAAGGUCGUAAAGGAGUCUAGUGAUCAUAGCUCCCGUGACGUGAAGGAGACUCGAAAAGUUGAUGAGUAUCAAGACACAACUGAUUUCGCAAAAUCUAACAAACGUGUUGAAAAGUCUGAUGUGUCUAACAGCAAGCAUAUUGAUGAGGUUUCUACUAAGAACGUGGACUACCACAAUGCGAAGAACACUGACUACUCGACUACACGUGACGAAAGCUCGACUGUACGCACUGACCGUCGCCACGACACAGAGCAGACGCGUCGUAGUCAGUCGAAUACCCGCGACGACAACCAAGACAUUAAACAAACACGCUACAUCCAAGACGAAACCACUAAUCGCCAGGACAAGAACGUCGAAGAGGUUUUUGAGAAGAAGACCGUAUCCGACCUGUACCAGACGACAUACCAAGCUGACUACCAGAAGAAAGUGAGCAACGACUGGAGUCCGUCGCAGCAGGCGUGGGCCAGCAGCCUGCGGGGGGACGCGCCCAGCCGCGGGGGCUCCCCGAGCAAGGACCGCUACUCCAGCCACUCCACCAUCACCGAGUCCAGUAAAUACGACAGUAGGGCCACCAGCCGCUCCAGCAUCAGCCCCGACAAGAGCUACCGGCAGCGGCCGAGUGCGAGCCCGGAGAAGACGAGCUUCAAGCCGAGUGCGUGGCCUGACAGGAGGUCGUCCCGGCCGCCGUCCGUGCCACGAGACGUGAGACCCAGCGCCAGCCCGGACAGACGAACCCCGAGUCGUCCCAGCACUGACCGCAACAUGUCGCCCGCCAAGUCCACGGACACGUCGCCGCCCCGGUCCAGCCCCAGCCCGGACAGGAGACCCGCCCCCCACCAGCCCGCUGACACGCCGCGGGCUAGUGCCAGCCCCGACAGGAAGCCGGGCUACAUGCGCCCCACGGCAGCCAGCGCGCCCAGAGACACGUCUCCCACUAAACCGAGCAAACCGGCGCAGAGCCCUGAACGAAAGCCUUACGAGAUGAGGUCCACAGUGUCCAAGGCCCAGGAGGACCAUUACAAGUUCGUGGACGAGGAGACGAAGACGUUUGUGCGCACUGACUCGAAGCGCUCGGACAUCUACCGCGGCACCUCGUCCAGCCCCGACCGCUACUCCACUCCCCGCGAGAGCCCGCCCCCGCGCGCGCCCCCCCGUGACGUCACCGACCACUGCCGCUCCCUUUCCCCCUCCCUCACCCCCACACUCAAGACCUCCCGCUCCCCCUCCCCGCCCAAGGGACCCGUCACCUUCGAAGACACAACCAUCAAAACUCGCACCGAGAAAACAGAUAAAAUUACGUCUCAAACUAAUGUCACAAGUCAGUACGAUAAAUCUGAAGAUUUCAAACGCACGUCGGUUGAAAGAACUGUUCCAAGUUCUCCUAAAAAGUCGACUCCGGUGAGGGAGUCUUCGCCUACUAAGUACGGCACGUAUGACAAGAAACGUCGCUCUGAGGACAUUGAAGAGUAUUCCUCAACUACAGAAACUAAAUCCGAUACACUGACGCGACGCAAUAACACCGUGAGGAAAGAAAACUCCGAACCGAUCACUCCAACUAAGAAAUCUCCAAGAGAGAGCGUGUCUCCCGUCAAAUCUCCUGCGAAAGAUAAAUACAGACACACCACUGACUUCAUCUCCACCGAGAGAACUGUUGAAGAUAUCAACAAGAGGAAAGAGCAUCCGCGACAGCUGGUGACGCCAUCUACCAGCCCCACCAGGAAACCGAAGACAGUAGAGAAAGCGCCAUCUAGCGGACUAAGCUCCCCGACGACGUCCGUUAGCGACUUCACGUACUUCAGCUCUUCACACAACAACACCAUUGUCACAGACCUCGAUGACCAUUUCUUCACGGAAACAGAGAAAUCCGAGACUAGCUCGGUCGUCACCAAACGACCGGAGACUCUGGACUUCAAGCGCUCCCCGUCACCAACUAAAAUACCGUGCAGGUCGCCUUCUCCUGACAAGAAGUCGCCUGUUAAAGAAGCCAUGCCACGAAAGAGCUCUCUAAAGAAGAAACCCUCAUUUGAUACCUUGUCACCAUCUGAAAAGCCUCCUUCUACCUUCAAAGUGUCUCCAUCCGUUGAAACUGCAGAUUUUCCUGAACACAAAGUGGUUAAAAAAGAUCGCCCGGACAAACCUGAGGACAAAGUGAAGCCGCCGUUCGAACGUCGCGAGACGUACGAGGAGCGAUGCCGCAAGAUCUUGGGCAUGAUGGAGGACGAAAAGAAGCUAACUAAAACAGAUAAAACGACCACCAAGGUGUUCUCAAAUGAGCCGGAGUCCAACAUCAGCUCCCCGAGCAUCUCCCCGUGCCGCAGCCCCGCCCGGGGGGACUCCCCGAUCGCUGCAUACACCGACAGUGACAUCAACACUAAGAAAGUUUCAGAUUUCAUCAAGAAAGAGACAGAAGAGACUGUUAAGACUUCGCGUCGUGACAACUCUUCAAUAGAGAGGAAAUCCAAAACCCCGACUCGUGAGUCCUCGCCCACCAAACUCAAGGAUAUUAUCGACAUCAAAACGACUGUCAAAGAUGACGUCACCAUCAAAUCUGAAGAUAAAAGUACUCAUAACGUUAAAACUGAAACUGUUGAUUCAAAUACUUUUGAUAGAAAGGUCACCAGGUCAUCGCCCUCACCUUCUCGCAAAGCUCCCGAAGCUCCUAAAGAUACAACCGUAACUACUGAAAAAACAAACAAAGUCACUUCUACAACUACAGACCAGAAGUCUACAUACUCUCGUCAAUCCCCUGGCACACCCUCUUCCAGAUCGGUAUCUCCCACUAAGAAACAAGAAACCCGCAAAUCUAGGACUCCAUCUCCUACCAAGAGAGUUACUAAAGUGGAGGAAACAGUCGAGUUUAUAACCUCGGAGCAACAAAAAGAGGCUUUAGACAGGGUUGAGAGGUGCUUGAAGAGACUGUCACCAGCAAGAGACAUGCGUAGCCGCUCCUCUAGCAGGGAAAAGAGUCCGGGGAAAACUACUACCAGUCUGCAAGACCUCGAUAUUGUAUCUACAGUCAUAGUCGAGGAGAAUGUCAGCACUACAGAUAAACUAUUGUUCAAGGAGGAAGAAGAGACUGUUAAUGAGGUGAAGGAAAUUAAGCCCAAAGAAAUCCAGGCACCUAAGGCUGUUGGCAAACCACAGUCAAGGAAUACCUCUCCAGUGAAGAAACAAAUUCCUAGCCCUAAAACUCCCGAAUCGCCAACUAAAUCUAGAAGCAUGUCGCCCAGGAAACCUAUAUCUCCUGUAGAGAGACCUUCCUCGCCACAAGUGCCUAAGGUCAAUGGCACUACAAAGACAAGAGAACCUAUAAGUAGAAGACCAGUCACUGUGAGUUCUCCAACAAAAACUGAGAAACCCAGCAUUCCUAGCGAUGUCAAGAAGUCUGGAAUUCCUAAACAAAAUAGUUUGACUUCAAAAACUACCACAAAAUCUACAGUGUCAAAUAAAACUCAAACUAAUGUGACCAAAUCGUCGCCGAAAACACCAGAGUCUCCUGAGGCUAAACGAGAGAUUCCUAAAGGUAACAAAGAAAAUGUCAGUCCCAAGAAGGAAGAUAUGAAAUUCACUAGAACACCUAGUGACAACACAAUUAAAACCAAAAAACCUUCACCACAGCGCACUAAAUCUAAACCAGAAAUCCAAGUCACUGAUUUGUCUUCAAAGUACAAACAAAACGUUCAAAGCAAGACGCAAAAAACCACAAAAGAAACUAACAGUUUCGCCAGCAAACCGAAGUCCGCUACAGCGUUGAACACUCAAGUCGACGAGAAUGAUGUGAUAGUGAACGACGUGGAGCACGCCAAGUCUUCGCGCGAGAACUCGCCUGACCGCAUCUGUCCUACUCCUGUCCAGGAUGACAUAGGUACCCCGCGCUACCCCGACGAGGUCAGUGAACCCGACGACGAGUUCCGCCGCCGCACGCACCACACCAUCCACGAGACUGAGUCCCUAGUCGACGACAUCAUCGAGAUAUCAGAGGAAGAGGAACUCUUCACCAAGAAGGUUGACAAGAUAACGCAAUCCGAUGAGUGUCUGUUGAGUGUUAACGACAAGGUCUCCAAGUUUACCAGCAAAAUUGAAAAUGUCACAAAGCCUAAAGAGAGCACUGCCACUUUCAAAGAUACAGAGAGGCGCGUGCACUCGGACUUUGAUGAAAACUUGAAGUCGGAUGAAUGUCUGCUGUCAGUUUCCCAGAAGGUUUCCAAGUUUGCAACAUCAAGAGCUGACACUAGAAGUCCGUCUCGUAACAUUGUUGAUGAGUACGAUAAUCAGACCACAUACACGGAUGAUUAUUCCAAGCGCAGUGUGAACGACAAAGCACAUUUCUUUGUAGAGUCAGCGGAAAAUGUGACUGCUCCUAAAACUAAACCUGCUCAGAAGGUGGAGCGGCCAGACCUGACUGAUGUGGAUGACUCACUCCGCACCGACGACUGCCUGCUCAGUGUCUCUGAUAAAGUUAACAAAUUCGUCAAAACAGCUGAACAGUUCUUGAGUGAGACCACAGAAAUAGAAGACAAAGAGAGAAGGAUUCGGGAGCAACACGAAAAGAUCAUGAGAGCCAUGGAAUUUUCUGAUGACGAAACUGAUAAGAAUCCGAUAGAUAAACCUGAAAAACCGCGCGAACCUUCCGAGGAGAUCGGAUCUUUCGCAAAGACAACUACGUCGUCACAGGCUAAAACAAAGGAGUACGCCAGCCCUAACUUGAAGCCAACAGAACGUCCUCCGGUCGUCAAGAUCACCACCCUGCGCAGCAGCGAGGCCGUCAAGAAGGCUAAGGCCAUGUUCGAGAACAUCGCCACCACACAGAAGACCACAGAAUCAACCACAAAGUCCACCAAGUUGACGGACAUCGGAGUCAUCAAGAAGUCUCCUAAAACUGACUCCACAACUGUUCUCCAUCCGUCUUUAGAGAAUGUGUUAGACACUGAUGAUGAUGCGGAAGUGGACAGCCCCCUGGUGAACGGCAAGGGAGAUCACACAGUGGUUACCUCGAGCCGUCCUCAGGCGAGCCGAGUAGAGGACCGGCCUCGCCCCAGCCCCGCGCGCCUCGCCCCGCGCACCCCCGACCAGCCCCGCACCAAGUCUCCCGCCAGGCACUACUCCGACACACACAAGCUCGGAGUAGCCCCUCCAGACACUGUCAGGAACAAGUCCCCCAUGCGGACCAGCACGGAGACAACCAAAGCUCUCCCGAAGCAGCCAGCCGACGUGCCUAAACCCAAGGAGGUGGUGGAGAAGCCGGGCUACCUGCGGGCCACGACCACCAGCCAGUUGAAGGAGGAGACAAGAGAACAGGUGGAGCUGGUGAGCACGCGGCGCGGCAGCGGCAAGUUCGGCGUGGAGCUGCGAAGGACUAGUGCGGACCGCGGGGACCGCCGGGGCAGCGCGGACCGCCGGGGCAGCGCGGACGGCAGCCCCGCCGCCGAGCGCCACCGCAGCGACCAGCACCAGCCCUGCAUCGAGGACAUCUUCGACGUGCCGCUCCUCGAGCAGAUGCUGGAGAAGGUGGCGGGCUACGAGCAGCGGCGCCGGGUGCGCGCGCAGCUGCGCCUGGCGCGGCGGGGGCCGGCGGGGGACGCGGGGGGGCGGGGGGCGCCGCGCCACGCCUCGCCCGACCGCAAGCCGCAGCGAGUGACGUCACCGGACCGCAAGCCGCAGAGAGUGACGUCACCAGACCGCGUGAACAAGGAGUCGCCCAAGACGCUCCUCAACGGCUUCACCAAGGAACCAGCCACGAAGGAACCGCUCCCGGACAAGCGGCAACGAACACGCAGUCCCGAGAAGAAGCCCGCGUCCAAGCCCCGCAGCCCGGUCCGCCAUCCCAGCCCCGAGAAGAAGACCAGAACCACCUCGCCCAGCAAGGUAGCCAGUCCGAAACCGAAGACAAACAGGUUCAACGAAUACGCCUCCGCUUACAUGAAGAAAGUCGGUCUGAACGAGGCUGACAAAAAGGCAGAAACUAAAACUACUAAAACUGAAGCGCUCGACAUAGAAAAGACGCAGCUAAUCGCGAGUGAUACUAAAGUGACUGAAACACACAAGUCGGAAACUAAGAAGGAGUCGUCAACAAUAUCUAAGAGCUACACGUCUCGCACGUCGUCUAAAGACUUGAUCCAAGCGGUGCAGGUGAACGGCAAGCGCAGCCUCUCGCCGCAGCCGGCCGCCCCCGCCCCCGCCAGCCCCACAGACCGCGUGUACCGGCGCUCCCCGAGCCCCGACUUCAAGCGCCGCGACGCCAAGCCCAAAGAAACCCUCAUUAAAACCAUCGUGGAAGACAAGAAGUCCGACGAGAAACCCUCCUGGAUGAUCAACAGGAACUUGAAGAAGGCGAGCGCGGAGAGCCGCAGCGUCAGUAAGAAGACGGUGACGGAGGAGCGGAAGGCGCGGGGGGGCAGCCCGGCGCGCGGGGGCGCGGGGGCCGGGGCGCUCGACGUCAUCACGUCCAGCUACGGGAUUGGUCCGCUGGGUGACGAUGGACGGCCGCUGUUCGGCAUCAAGGCGCUGAGGAAUGGCGCCUCCAACUAUCAAGUCAAAGGCACGGUGGUCCGCUCAGAGUACCACAGCCGCAACGGCGCGCCCCCGCAGGGCUCGGUCUCCGUGACGGCGUACUCCAGCGACCCGGCGCAGCUCGAGCGGCUGCUGGCGAGCCAGGGCGAGCGGCCCAGCCGCCUGCACGGGCUCGCUGCCAUCACGACUACGAAGAGGUUCGGGGGAAACACGGGCACGAGUAUUAGGGAGGCGCAUAGUAAGGAGGACCGCGCGGCCAUAGAGCAGUUUACUCACCACGACAGAAAGGUCUCCGACACGCGCAUAGAAGACAUCACCGAUAGAUACGACACCACCACCUACGCAGAGGACCGUAAAGAAGACAGAAGAAUAGCCGAAGAAACACGCGUUCAAGAACUAACAGCUUCUACUGAGAAGAAAGUGGAUAAAAGAGUGAAAGAGGAGAGGAGUCAGGAGAGAGAGGAGAGAUAUAGCAAGAAGGUGAAGGAGGAAGAGAGAGGCAAGAUGGAGCGCCGUGAAGAUCGUAAGACGGUGCGACAGAGCUCCGUCAAAUCGCUCACGGAGAAGUUUAUCAAGAAUGCAAAUGAUACACCCCGGAGCGAGCGCGCCGCGUACCCCAAGGCGGGGCUGAUCCUGCGCACCUCCACGCUGAAGGACAGCGUCACUAGCGACCCAGAAGUGACGCGCACAGACAGUUCGAACAGCCUGGCCUCCUCGGACGGCGACACGGCCGUCACUCCCCGCGCGCACGGCGACACGGUCUCCUCCUCACUCAGAACACAGUCCACACAGAACGCGGGGACUAAGACUACUACGAGCAGUAGGACUACGCAUGUCACCGUGGAGACGCAGGGGAACCAGACGGCGUCAUCCAAGCGCUCGUCGUCUGGCCGCUCGUUCCUGGACAGCAACGCGAAGGUGUCUGGAGUACAGGAUAUACUCAGCCGCAUGAGGAAUGCUGAUAUCGUGAUCGAGCCGGGCGACUCGGCGUCGGACGCGGAGGCGCGCGCGCUGCUCAACAAGUUCCUGGGCGCCUCCGUGCUCAUGGGCGGCAUGCAGGGCUACAUGCAGGGGCACCAGCACCAGGAGACCCUCGGCUCGGCGCCCGCUCCCCCGCCCGCGCGCCCCGCGGCCCCCCGCGCGCCCCUCGACGUAGACCAGUGCUGGGACGAGCGGCUGCUGAGACAGCAGUUGGAGGAGUGUACGGACUACGAGCAACGUCGUCGCCUGCGAGCCCGGAUCCGCUCCCUCAUGGCGGAGCAGGAAGCGGUGGCGUCGGCGGUGUCGGCGGCGCUGGGCCCCGGCGAGGCGUGCGAGGAAGAAGAAGUAACGACUGUGACAUCGAGCGUGCGACGAGACUCAGCCGAAAAAUCUGUUAGCAGUAGCACCACUACCACUAAAUCGUCUAAAGUGAUCGAGAGUAUGACGCGGCCGGCACCGAAGCCCGUCUCACCAUUUGCCAAGUUCCGGCAACUCGAGAAACAGAACUCAACAUCAAACCCCAACUCGCCCGCCACGCCGCAGAGCCCGGGCUCUCAGCCAUACUUCCGGUUCACGGACGCGGCCCUGCAGAACAGCGCAGCCACUAUUAAAGAGCGCUUGCUGCAGUGGUGUCGCGACAAGACCCGGGACUAUGAGAAUGUGAAGCUGGAGAACUUCUCGACGAGCUGGGCGGACGGGCUCGCCUUCUGCGCGCUCGUGCACCACUUCCUGCCCGACGCCUUCGACUACAGCCAGCUCACGCCCGACAAGCGCCGCCACAACUUCACGCUCGCCUUCAAAAUUGCUGACGAGAAGGCGGGCAUCUACCCGCUGCUGGACGUGGACGACAUGGUGGCGAUGCGGCGCCCCGACUGGAAGUGCGUGUUCACGUACGUGCAGGCCAUCCACCGCCGGUUCAAGGACCAGCAGUGACACCACCGUGCCACCACACUGCGCAACUUAUACAUAAACUCUUUUUGAAGUUAUUUUUGGCCGUUUGGUAUAAAAGCUUUGUGGUUUUGCGCUACAUAGUAAGCGCUGCGUAAUGUACGAUAAUGUACGAUGUUACCAAUUAGAAAUCUCUAAAAAACAGUUAAAAAAGAAAGGGUUUUUGUAGAAAUAUAGCGUUUGCAGACCAAAUGUAUAAGGGCGUUAGUUGGCAUUAGUUGAACGCUUUGUCACAAAACAUUGUAAUUAUUUGUAUAUUGAAGGAAGUCCAAAGAGCGUUUAUUGUUGAAUAUAGCUUGUUCGUGUUGAAGUUUGUCAGAUGUUUAUCGUCCGCCGGCUCGAGUGCUCCAGCUCGCUAUCUCAUUAUUACAGUCCUAUUUAUUUAAUCUCAAGAUGUAUGUGAUUUUUUAUACUAGCUUGUAAGUUCGACUAACAGUCAUUGCGAUGCAAUCUAAUGUUAAGUGUAGUUUAUAGCAUUUUCUAUGUGAAACGAUGUUCGUCUAGCGACUAGCAGACUCCGACGCACUGCACCGCAAGGAUCGCUUUUACUUAUUACCCGACAUAAGGAAGUAGAAUCCUUGUACUUUCUCACAGUGUACAGUUAAUUUUGACUAUUAUUCUUUACUAAGUUUAAUAUUAAUUUAAUGACAUUGAAAUAUUUAUCUUUAUAAUAAUAACAACGGCAA